CCUGCGGGAGGGAAGAUGGCGGUGGCGGCGGCUCGGAAGUCGGGCCAGGGCGCCAGCCAGCGGGCAGGGAGGAGCUCUGAGGCGAGGUCCAGCUUCGUCCAGGGCUCCAUCGUCAGGAUCUUUGUGGAGAACUUCCUAACAUACGAUAUUUGUGAAGUACGUCCAGGACCCAAUCUGAACAUGAUUGUAGGUGCUAAUGGAACAGGAAAGUCAAGCAUUGUUUGUGCUAUCUGCCUGGGAUUAGCUGGAAAACCUUCUUUCAUAGGGCGGGCUGACAAGGUUGGUCUCUUUGUAAAGCAGGGGUGCUUGAAAGGUGUAGUAGAAAUUGAACUGUUCAAGAAUCCUGACAACGUCAUUAUCACACGUGAGAUUCAAGUGGUGAACAACACAUCAGCAUGGUUUAUCAACAGAAAACCAACAACCCUGAAAACAGUAGAGGAGCAGGUUGCAGCCUUAAACAUCCAAGUGGACAAUUUAUGCCAGUUUCUUCCACAAGAUAAAGUUGGAGAAUUUGCAAAACUGAGUAAGAUUGAGUUGCUUGAAGCCACUGAAAAAUCCAUUGGUCCUCCAGAAAUGUACCGGUUUCACUGUGAACUGAAAAACUUCAGAGACAAGGAAAGAGAACUGGAGAACUUGUGCAGAGACAAAACUAACUCUUUGGAGAAAAUGAAACAGAGGGUUGAACGAUACAAACAAGAUGUUGAGAGAUACCAUGAGCGCAAGCGCCAUAUGGACCUAAUUGAGAUGCUUGAGAGAAAAAGGCCUUGGGUGGAAUAUGAAAAUGUUCGUCAGCAGCAUGAGGAAGUAAAACAAAGCCGAGACCAAGCCAAGGAAGAACUGAAGAAUCUGAAAGAAAUGCAGGCCCCAGUGACGAAAAAAAUCCAAGAAACUGAAGAAUGUUUUAAGAGUCUGGAUAUGAAACUCAGGGAUAAGACUGCCGAAAUAAAAGAAAUUUCUCAAAAAUGUAAGCAGAAGCAAGAUGCUUUGGAACUGAAAGAAAAAGAAAUUGAAGAAAUUCUACAAGCUUUGAGAAUGAAAAAAGAUGAAGAAAUGGACAGACAGAGAAAAAUACACAAUACUCACAAGAUAAUAGAAGACUGGAAGCAUGAGCUCAGUACAAUGGUAGUCUGUGAGAAUCUUCAGCCACAAAUCGAUGCUGUUAAUAAUGAGCUGAAAAAAUUACAAGAAGAAAGGGCAAAUACUGAUAGUGACCUAAGUGAUCUAACAGCAGAAAAAAUGAACCAAGAGAGGGAAAAGAAAAGAAUAAUUGAUCGCCUUGGACAACUUAGUAAUAUAAUGAGUAUGAAGGAAGAGAUACUUAAAGGGAGAUUCCGAGACACACACACUGCUCUUAUGUGGCUAAGAAAAAAUAGAGACAAGUUUAAAAAAAAUGUUUGCGAACCCAUGAUGCUUGAAAUCAAUGUGAAAGAUAAUAGACACGCUAAAUAUGUUGAAAAUCACAUUCCAGGCAAUGAUAUGAGGGCUUUCGUUUUUGAGAGUCAAGAAGAUAUGGAAAUGUUUCUUGUGGAGAUGCGCGAUCAUCAGAAACUAAGAGUGAAUGCUGUAUGUGCACCUGCUGAAUCAUGGGCUGAAAAGUUGCCUUCAAGACCUAUUGAAGAGUUACGCCGAUAUGGAUUUUUCUCAUAUUUACGAGAGUUAUUUGAUGCUCCUUAUCCCGUGAUGAGUUAUCUUUGCUUCCAGUACCAUGUUCAUGAUGUCCCUGUGGGAACAGAGAAGACAAGAAACAUGAUUGAAAGGGUAAUACAAGAAGCCAAACUUAAGCAAAUAUACACAGCAGAAGAAAAAUACAUUGUUAAGGUAUCUGCUUAUACAAACCUAACAGUCUCUACUAACUCAUGCCUGAGGCCAGCACAGUUUCUCAAUAGUUCAGUGGAUACAGAGGAAAGAAGACAGCUGGAACACCUGCAACAGGACCUCAAUGCCACACUGAAGUCUUUUGAUGUGCGUUUGACUGCAUUGCUUGAGAGACAGAAACAACUGGAACGCAGAGACAAUGAGCUCAGGCAAAAGAAGAAGGAGCUUUUAGAGAUAGGAAACAGGAGGAGACAGCUGGAAUCCAAAAUUCGUGUGAAGUAUGAUAGUUUAAGACAGCUGGAACAAGAUGCUAUCAACCUAGAGGAGGAAUCUCAAAAGGCAGAUGUAAAGAUCAGAGAAAUAAAUAUCCGAAAAGCAAGACUUGCUACUGAAUUAAUGCAUCUCAUAAAGAGCUGCGUUUCACUGAACAUCGUCAAAGCAGAUUUGGCUCUUCAGUGCACUGUGGUGGCUGCUGAGAAGAACAAACUAGAGUCAGAGUAUAAUGAAGCAAGUGUACGGCUAAGAGCUGCAGAGCAACAGUUUCGUGAGCUGGAUGAUAGGAAGCGAGUUCUUACGGAGAACUGCAAGGAGCUGCUGAAAAAAGCUCGACAGGUCUGCAAACUGGGUCCAGAUGAACAUCUUCCAAAAGAAUUUCAAACUGCUUUUCAGGCUCUUCCAAACACACUGGAGGAAAUUGAUGCUUUUCUGAAUGAAGAGAAGACCAGGGCCUCCUGUUUCACAGGCCUGAAUGCUUCAGUUGUUGAAGAAUACAAUAAGCAGACACAAGAAAUAGAGGCGCUGACAGAAUAUCUAGCGGAAAAGAAAAACGAAUUGGAUAAAUAUAAACAAAACAUUGCACAGGUCAAAGAAAAGUGGUUAAACCCCUUGAAAAAGCUGAUUGAACAAAUUAAUGAGAAGUUCAGUAACUUCUUUAGUUCUAUGCAGUGUGUUGGUGAAGUUGAUCUUCAUGUGGAAAAUGAGGAGGAGUACGACAAGUACGGGAUUCGCAUUAGAGUAAAAUUCCACAGUAGCACUGAACUUCAUGAAUUGACUCCAUAUCAUCAGAGUGGAGGUGAGAAAAGUGUUUCCACUAUGUUGUACCUGAUGGCUCUACAGGAACUCAACAGAUGUCCUUUCAGGGUUGUAGAUGAAAUAAAUCAGGGAAUGGAUCCAGUGAAUGAGAGAAGAGUUUUUGAAAUGGUUGUGGAAACUGCUUGUAAAGAAAACACGUCUCAGUACUUCUUUGUUACACCAAAGCUCCUGCAGAAUCUCACUUACAAUGACAAGAUGACGGUGUUGUUUGUCUACAAUGGACCUUUUAUGUUGGAAGCAAACAAAUGGGACUUGAAGGCUUUCUGCAGGCGGCGGCGGCGACUCGGAAGAAUGGAUGAACAGUGAUACAGAUACAUAUAUCUAUACAUAUUAGAUAUAUAAAAUGCAAAGAAUGUAUUAUUAAGAACUUUGAUUCUUAAAACUUAUGGAAACGUGUAAGAUUGCAUGUGUUUUUUUCAAAUCUUUUGUAAUGCCCUCUUUCUUAAAAGAACUUACUUUUUCUCAGUAGUUUUGAAUAAAAAAGACAUUUCUGGUAUUGCUAUUUUAUCAGCAAUGUAACACCAGAAGUACAUUAAUUUUUCUAGAUUAUAUUAGAAUAAUUCUAUGUCUGGUCAUUUUGGUUUUUCCUCCAAAGACUGGAAUUUGCUUUUGGUUAAUAGUGUUUCUCUAACACAGUUAAGGAUGUUCUUUAAACUUUUCCUGGUAAAAUGGAAAGUUUUGAAGGAAUGAAGAUGGUGGUGUAUGUAGGAAGAGAAUGGUUUGUAGGUAACUGUGCAUUGGUUUUUGUUUUGUGAAAAUAUACCUGAAGUUAAUCUAAAGAAUAUAGUGCUCUUAGGAUAAUAUACUUUAUUAUUGUUAUUUAUUAUUUGUGAGCUACUGUUGCAUUUUGUAUUCCUGGAAGGAUAAGGUCAUUAUUUUUCUAGCAAGUCUCUCUCAGCAAUGAGACGGACAAAGAGCUGGGUGUUUUUGAAACGAGAUAGUUAGCUUGCAGAAGUUAAACUAAGCAAUAUGUAACUUUUCAUUGUCUUUUUUUUUUUUUUAAGUAAAACUUGGUAUGAUUUUGGUGAUGGAUGAAGAAAACAGACUGAUUGAUUUCACAUGGGGGUUAAACCAGGAGGCUUUUUACAAGACUUCAGGUUCAAUGGAGUCAUUGUAUACACAAUGGCUUUUCAACAGAUAGCCAUAAAAUCCAUUAGAGGGGUUUUGGUCAUAGCUGUUAAGCCUUUGAAGGUAGGUGUUAUAAACAGAAUGCUGAAUUCCUAAAAUAAAGUUCCAGUUGUUACUUCAUGUGGGAAGUAACCUUCAAUAGAACUUUAUUGGUGUUCACUUGAUUUUGAGUGGGAGUUUUUCUUAACAGCAUCCUGUCAGUGAACUCUUGCCAAUGGAACUGAUGUCAGGUGCUUUACAUUAGAAUGUUAGAAAUAAAGUAACCCACUGCAAAAAUACAAGCUAGGAUCUGAAAAGUUCCAGGUAUUAGAAGUUAAGUACUGUAAUUCUUGUUUUCAAUAGGCAAGCCUUUGAGGGAACAAAGAACUUCACAUUCUUGUACCAUAUGCCACUACUGAUCAAUGGAGCUCUCUAUGCCUGUGAAAUGAGUUCCUGGAAUAAGUUCCAUGAGGAUUAGUGUCCGUACACAAAUACUUAACAGAAGAACUAGAAGAGUGUGGAAACUCAGGCUGUAGUCCAAGGGGCUGAGCAGACCAAAAGAGUAUCCUUGACUUAAUUGAGGCUAUAGGGCCAGUCUGUCCACUGUAUUUUGAGAUCUGGGUUUUAAGUGUGUUUGUUGAUCUUCAAAAUACUUGGCUUCCUGUAACCCUAAACUUUUAAGGCUAUUUUUUUUUUUAAUGGAAAAACAUUCAUUCUGUUUAGUCUCUGAGGAUCACUAUAUGAAAAGUGUUUGUUUUCAGUGUCUAAAUAAAUUAAACUACUUGCAUGAA